AGUUUUGUAGAUCAGUUACCAAGAUGCUGAAGAUGUCACCACCUGAUAACACAAGAUUAAAGUUGUGCUCCUGAAAGUAAGUUUAUAUUCUCUGUGACCUUUGUUAUAAGUGUGCUAAUGUAGAUAUGAUAUAUCUCUGAACCACAUAAUUAUUUUGGGCAAUUGCCCCUUGUGGCAGGUGGAGGGGGGAGGGGGUACUCCCUAUAAUGGCCUAUAGGAGGAGGUUGUGCUCAAUACCCUAUAGGCGUGCGAGCUACCCCAUAGCAUGCUGCAGUUGUCAAAAUGUGAUUGGCGGUCGUAAUAGACAGCAUGUAAGGCGGCAGGGGGCAAACAAUGAUUGAUGGGUAACCAGACGCAAUUUUCUUUAAUAUAGUGUAUUAUAGUGUCAACAUGGUUUUCGCAUGUUAGAUUUUCAUCAAUAAGCAUGCUAAGAGGCUUAGAGGAAUGAGAAUGUUUGAUCAGAACAUUAUUUAUAUUUAAGGAAGGCAGAGAAGUUAGAUUAUUAAGCUUUUACCUUGAGCUGUUUAAUUUGAAUUCAGUUUUAGUCAUAUGUAACAUUAAUUUAUUUGCGAUAAGCCAGUGAUUAAUGUUGAGCAAGUCUUCAUUCAAGGAAGACUGAAUGGAGUGGAUAUUGCCUUUCAAAUAAGUCAGAGGGGUCAUCAACAUACUAGUCAUUCUUUGUUCAAAAUGAAACAGACAACUGGAAAAAUCAUUGAUAUACAGCAAAAACAGUAGAGGCCCUAAAAUAUUGUUCCUUGGGGGAAUGCCACACUUGAGGGUGUAACAUUCUGAAACAUAAACCAUAGACAAGAGGUUUCUGAGUAGGAUUAUCUAAAUACCUUAUUAUAGGAAAUUAACGCUCAAUGAAAUUAAGGUAUUGGAAAUUAACGCGACUUAAAUUAACACGAAUUUAAUGGAAAACGACUUUCGAAUAAAGAAAAUUAACGCGAAAGAGAAGGUAGAGUUUCAUAAUGAAGGAAAUUUAUGUGAUUAAGAGACAGUUGGUGGUGAAAACUGGAACAAAUUUAUUUCAACACUGGAUGCAGAAAAAUUCAAAACUGUACAAAACUGAGCUGACAUCACUUCUGACAGUGAUAACGAUGAAGAUGAACUCGAAGUAUUGUAAACCUUUGCCUUAGCUUUUGUGAAAGAUGAAAAAAUGGAAAGAAAGAAAGCUUGUAGUUAAUGUUUUUUAGCUGUCAAGAAUGUCUGGACAGGUUUCAAAAUUGUGGUUAAAAUACUGGAAAUUAAGAGUGCGGAAAUUAACGCUGCACUUAAUUAACAUCCAGAAAUUAACGCUCAACAAAAUUAACGCUACUUAAAUUAGUGAAUUUUAACAAUUUGCGUUAAUUUUAUGGAGCGUUAAUUUCCUGUAAUAAGGUAGGAGGAAAAACAUUAUGGGUAACACCUGAUAUACUAUAAAGGUGUAAUUUAGACAAUAGCUAGGAUAUCAUGAUGGACUGUGUCAAACGUUUUCUUUGGUCAAGAAAAGCAAAAGCGUUAACGUUACCUAUAUCAAUAUUACAGGCCUCUAAUAAGGCUGUAACUGUUGAAUGGAGCAAAUGGAAUCCGGAUUGGUGCUUAGACAAAAUAUUAUGAUCCGAUAAACUGGCAUAGAGUUGAUAAUAGAUAAUUCUUUCAAAUACUUUGGCAAUUGUAGAGAUAACAGAUAUUGCACGAUAAUUGUCUAUGUCACUUCUUUUGCCACUUACUUGAAUAGAGGAGUAAACCUUGCGGACUUCCAAUCCUCAGGAAAUAUACCAUUAGCUAAAGAACUAUUAAAUGAAGUUGAAAUAAUAUGAGGUGCAAUUAAAUCAGCACAAUCUAUAAUAAGCUGACUAUAUAUUCCAUCUGGACCAGCACUUUCAGAUUUAUUCAGGUUUUUAAAAAGAGACAACACUUGAUUACUAUCGCUUUAAAUGCCAGAGAUAUUUAAAUUUCUGAAAACUGGGGCCAUUGUUUAAAGGUAUUUCGCAAGCCAGUUUCGGGCCAAUAUUGUAGAAAAGUGAUCAUCGAAAGUGUUUGACAAAGAGGUAUUUAAUUAAAGUCAUAGAAACUCCAUUCAGACUUAUAAUUCCUUAACAGAAGACCUGCCAGAUUGAUUUGAAGUAAGCUCAUUUAUGAGCUUCCACGUUUUAUGCAGGUUGCCAUCAGAUUCGCUAAAUUUGUUUUUAUAAAAUAAUUCAAUAGCCUGUUUGAUUUCAGCUUUGACUUUGUUAUGCAUUCUUUUAAAGCAGACCCAAUUGUGCGGAUCAUUGGACCUAAUUGCUUAAAGUGCCUUAUCAGCAGUUAAAAAGGGAUACAAAGUUUUAAACUAGGUAUGUGAAAGGGGUCAUACCAUAUUUUGUCAAAAGAAGGUGUACGAAAGGGGUACCUUUUCUGUCAGAAUGGUAUUUCAAAGGGUUUAUAGGGGUUGGACAUCAAGGUGGAGCCUCCCAUAGAACUUUGUUGAGUACCCCCUCCCCUGGGGGCAAUCCAUGGUGUUGUUGUAGUAAUUUGCAUGGCUUCAAAAUAGGUUUAUUAUCUCAUAUUUUGAUGUCAUCUUUACCAUCUUUUUAUUAUUUUCAGGAUUUAUGCCAGUUGAAUAUUAAACACAUACAAUAAGUUAGAUGGUGUGAAGCUAUAUCAAAGGAGAAGGUAAUUUAGCUGAGUUUAUUAAAUUGAUAAUGAUUGCAGUAAAAUGGCAAAGGGAGUUAACAUUGUAAGCUUUAAAGCUUUCAUGCAUCACUAGAGUAUUAUUAAUUACCAUACCUCGCAUUUGAUUUAGAUGCAUUCAUUGAUAUACUAUUGAUUACAACUUACACAGUGAUGGUACAGUGGCCAGAAACUGUUAACAUUCCAAACAUUUCUAUUGCCUUGAUCUCUAUUUGUUUGAACCUCAUGGUACAGUUAAACCUUUGCUAGUAAUGGACCCCUCCUCUUAGCAUAGACUUAGUCAUGGUCCCAGUCACUAAUAGGCGAAUCUUUAAUUGUUUACAGUUUAAUUUUUGCCUCAUUAACAUAUGCUUAUCACUUAAUCUUAUGGAGCUAAUAAAACAAACUCGCUGAAUAUUGAAAGAGCAUAACAAUUUCAGUUAUAUCUCUGAAAAAUUGAGCUCGAUAUACCAAAUGGUUUCGGAGGAAUUCUCUUUUAAAAACUCAAAAUUUUACAAAGAAUGUAUGGCUCAUUAACUUUUUUGCCACCCAGCAAUUUUGCAGUUUUUGAUGGCUGAUAUUUCCUUCAGUAUUGCUUGGAAAGAGCUGAAAAUUGCACAAAUUGCUCAAGGUUAAAUGUGCUCUUAAAUUCAACUUUUGAAUUUAGUAAAAUAAUGGUAUAAACAGUUAUGGCUUCUAUAAGUUAACUCAUAUGCUAAUGAUAAAAAAUGAAAUUGAGGUCAGCAAAGAUUCGCCUAUACUCAAGUAUGCAUUUUUGGUCGCACUUCCUUAAGUGGGAUUAAUCAGUCUCAUAAAUUGCUUGGUGACCCUGCAGACACUUACAAAUGAUGCAUAAUUUUGACCUUUGUGAAACAGACCCGGCCUUUCCAUAGCAAGAACUAGUUGUGGACCCAGGAACUUUCAAACACUGUUAAUUUGCAUAUUUAUGCACCUUUCUUGACCUCUGUGAAGUGGAUGGACACCUCUACUAAAAGUGGACACUAACUUGUCAUGGACUGAGGCCACUUACAAACUCUACAUUUUGACCUUUGCGAGGCAAACACCUCAAUCUUUUACCUGUAGGUGGACACUUCUCCUGGUCACUGUAGAGUGGUGUCCACUAAUAUAAUAAGAGGUUUGACUCUUUAAAGAUAUAGCUCGCAGUGACAUAAAGUAAUUUAUUGAUAAUUCAUAAUUUUUUAAUUAAGUUGUUGAAGUUAUUUAAAUUAUGUGGUGAUCUUAUUAAAUUAAAUUAACACUCUUUAGGGAAAUCUUUAACUGAGACUCAAUGGCGCAGCAUCAAGACCUUAAAAGAAAAGGAGGUGCUGAUCCUGAUCAUCAGAUGUCAAGAAAUCAUGCCCCUCUUCCUCUGAGUAUUGAAGUGCCUAAAAUGAGUGAUCUUCCAAACAAGUCAAACCCUUGGAGUGAUGUCCAGCUUCCUGUUGACAUUCUUUUGCUGACAGUUGAAGACUGCGAGUUUUUAGCUUGUUAUACUUUCUUGGAAAAUUCUUUUAAAAGUUAUGACCAGACCCUGGGAUACGUGUACUUUGGGACCAUGGGUGCAGAAACUGGAGAAGAGGCACUGAAAGUUGCUUUGAUGAGAUGUUAUAAAGGUUCUUCUGGUCCAGGUGGCUCUCAAAAUGUUGUUAAAAAUGCAGUGAUGAAACUGAGACCCAAGGCUGCUUUUUCCGUUGGCGAAUGCAUGGGUUUAAAAUCAAAAGACACUAAGCUAGGAGAUGUAGUGGUAUCCUCUAAACUGUCAACUGAAGAAUUCACAACUCCAGUAAGAAGAAAUAUUGGCAACCUUAACUUGUUUGUAACUGAAGGCUGGAAGCCACCGUUAAAAGAUCCAGGCGGGGAAGAAACAGUACAGGUACACCGUGACAGUGACAUAUUCAGUGGUAGUCAAUUCAUUACCAAACAACGCCGUAUGUCUCAAUCGCACGUGAUUGCAGUUGAAAGGGAAGGGGAAGGUAAGAUUAUAUACAUAUUUACUAUUGUAACAAUUUGAUGUAACAUUCGAUUUGAGGUCUAAAACUCUAAAUUGUCCCUCAGAAGCAGCUUGUGAUCAUACAAUGGCAAAAACUGUACUGUACCUAAAUUGCCAAUCAUGUUUGACUAUAGGACCACAAUGGUGACAGCAGGGUUGUCAUAACGUUUUGAAGUAGACGGCUGAGUUAUCAAAAUAAGUGGCCAGCCCAGGGAUAUUUUAUUUAAAAUCGCCAUCCUUAAAGAAAUGCGAAGCAGAGUAGCCGGCGGUACUAACCAAGUAGGCGGCGAUUUUUGCUGGCAGCUGGCUACUUUUGACAACCCUGUGACAGUGUGAUUAGGUUAUUGUGGAUUGCAGUUUAUUAUAUUAUUAUUCUAUAGUGUGCCAGGAACAUAAAUUAUUGUUGAGCUUAAAAGAUUAUAAAUUUCAGUCACUACACUGCAGAGAAAAAUUCUGAGCAUAAUCAGCUGUGCUAGAUUCUUGUUCAUAAGUGGAUUGAAUAAGGAUCAUCCUCUGUUUUUUCUUUCCACUUACAGGCCUGUUUGCUGCAGCUCAUGAUAUGAACAUUGAAUGGGUGAUUGUUAAAGGGAUAUCACAUUUUUCUGAUGAUAGCAACACUCCUGAUGAGUCCUGGAAGUCAUUUGCUUCUGUCAUGGCAGCUUCUCUUGUGUCCAACAUGUUAAAUGAUCCUGUUGUUUUUAAAGAAUGGCCUCACUAUGAAGGUAUGUCACAUUCCCUGUUCUAUAGUGACUGACUUUUAAUAUAGUGAUGAAUUUUCUGUUCAGAUAUUUUUUGAGUAAACUGUUUCAAUAUAUCCUGGGUUCAAAUUUUUCUCUCUGUUUCAAACUCAAAUCAUACAUUAACAUUAUAAAAAUACCACAUAACAAAGGCCAAAAGAAAAAUUUGUUUUUAGGGGGCUUUUCAAAUUUAUAAUACUUUUCUUCUUUACUUUGUAUUUGAGGGCAAUUUCCAAGUACAAGUCCCUGGGGGUCUUAUAUUUGGAGGGGCGAUUUAACGAAGGGUUUGUUUGUGUUACGAGUUUGGGGGCCUUAUAUUUGGAGGGGCUUAUACAUGGAGGGGCUUAUUUUCGGAAUUUUACGGUAUUUUUGGUGCGUGUGAUGACCUUGCGUGCGUACAUCACACAAGCUCUGCGUGACAACAAUCUCGUCACCAUGCAGAGCCUUCAAAUCAGAUUAUGGCUGCGCAAAAAUCGCUGUGUAAUAGUGUGGAGUGCAUGUGACAACUCUACCUAAACUAGAAUAGUAGGGAGGAUUACUAGUAAAAGAAAAAUAUGUAUUAUUUCUAAAUAAUUUUAGUCAUUUUGCUAAUUCGUCAUUUUGUCAUUUUUCCAUUUCGUCAUUUUGGCAUUUUGUGUUUUAAACAGCCCUUCCAGAUUAAAUGAUUGAUGAACACUGGUUUCAGCAGAAAUAACAGUGAUCAAAUUCAAAUUCAAAUUCUAGAGCACAGUUUUCUCUUAUUAUUUUGAGAUAUGUCUUUGCCAAGAGAGCAGUCUAUUAUUGCCUGGUGUUUCAUAGCCUCUUUUUCUUUCCAGAAAUUUUGCUGAAAAAUCCUGUUGGAAGCUCAUUUUUUUAUCCAUUUUCUGGUCACUAUCUGGCCAAAAAGAUAGGCCCAAAUUUUCUAAAAUGCUGGAAGUGCAACACUACGCUGCCUUUUGUUCCUUAUGCUAAAAUAAAAUUAAUAUAAGUGUUGUUUUGAAAAGUGACACAGCCCCCUCAACUUUUCCCUGUUGCUUUCUCUCUUCCCUUCUUCUAUCACUUUCCCUGCCGCAUUUUUGCCUUAUCUUGGAGAUUUACUAGGCUUCUUUUUGGUGAGACAUGUUUUUGGGAAAACAUUUAGCAGCGUGUCAAAUAUUUUGAAGGAAGAGCAGAUGGGAAAUGAAACUUCUUGAAAACAUUCUUGUCUUUGUUUCAGCUGUGUUUGAAUUAUUCAGUAAUUUAGGAACUGUCUAAGGAAAUAAAUAAAUAAAUAAAUAAAUAAAAUCCACAAAAUUGAAAAUGAUGUUGUGGUAUUAUUUAGGUUCAGUCUAUCCACCCACCCACCCACCCACCCAUGCUACCUCAACAAAAUAAAAACCUAUGACCUGCUCACCAUAUGAGUCACCCAUAGCUCAGUGGUUACGGCAUCCUACUGGUAUCUGGAAGGUUGUGGGUUUGAUUCCUGUUAGGGUUUUGGAUUUUUUUUUUCUGAGCAUUUCUUUGUUGUAUUUAAUACUUAUUCUUGGUGAUCAUUCAUCCAUGUGCUGUUUCUCUUAUAAAAUUUUGUAAAUUGACAGUCUGCUCCUCCUGGUAAGGGUUGCUAAUCAACUCAAUCAACUGCUAUAAAUUAUAUUGAAAAAAACUUCUUGGAAUUGACAAAAAAAUCCUUGUUAACAGAUUCUGUAUGCCUUGAGGAGUGCCAGAAACAGCUGCGAUCACUUUAUGAAACCAGUAGCAAAGUCAAAAUUAUUCCAUGGGACCAGAACUCUGCUGUUGAUAUUGACAAGAUCUACACAGACUUGUCUUGGAUCAUGGAUGACAGGACACCCAGGGGAGUGAUUCAAGAAAACCUUAACCACUACACUGAGAUUUUUGCUCACAGAGAACGUCGUCAUGCACCCAAGCGAAUUUUGGUUUAUGGACAGCCAGGUAAUGGAGUGAAUUGAGUAAGAAUUGGAAGAACACAGAAACCAUUAGUCUACUGGCAUAAUUAAUCCAGCGAUUUAUCAGCUGGUGAUGUUCAGUUUUCUUGGGUGUUUUGCUGACAUGUACAUUUCCAAGUGGGAUAAUCUUUCCCCAUGCUGUCAAACCCAAUUAAUGUAGUAAUAAUGGUAAUAAUAUUUGGCUCAAUUUUAUCUGAAAUUCAAGUUCAUUAAAUGUAUGGUAAAAAGAUAAAACUAAAAUAAAAAGUCUUCCAAGGAUAAAAUUGCACCGCAACCUUCACAAUAGCGGACUAAUGACUGGCAGAUUGGCCCAGUUGUUUGAAGGCCGAAUUGUGUGCACCAACCUGGGUCCAGUUGUUCAAAGGCCGAUUAGUGCUUAACCCGGGAUUCUUUUUCUGUGUUCAAAAGCAUUUUCUUGGAUAAUUUUCUCUGUUAUUUUUUAGCUUCCAAUCAUCAACUUGUAGACAAAAAGAAUUAAAACUGAAAUGCUUUUUAAGCUUUCCUAUCUGAAUUCAAAUCUCGCACUAACCGGGAUUUUUCUUAACCCAGCUUUGCGCAACUCGGCCCAGGGGUUAAAUUUUAAGCCAUAUAUGCAGAGUGAACAACAUAUUUAUAUGGGUGGCCCUUGCCUCUAAAGUUAUGCCAAAAAUAAGUUUCCCUGCCUCUAAGGGGGCAUUUUGAAAUUCUUAGCUUCGAAAGACUGGAGUUUACAUUCAUCGAUAAUAGUAUCUCAUUUACAUAUUCAAAAUUAUUCAUGAUAAAGACAAUGGAAAUGAAUCCUUCAUACACAGACUAUUUAGGGCCGGGUUGUUCAAAGCUGGGUUAGGAUAACCCAGGGUUAGUGCGUAAUGUAGAUUCAGAUGUGAAAGCUUCAAAAGCAAAUUCAGUUUAAUUCUUUUUGUCUACACUUUGAUGAUUAGAUACUCUAAAAAGAAUACAGAAAAUUAUCCAAGAAACUGCUUUUGAUGAAAGAAAUAAAAACCUGGGAUAAAAAGUUUAAACAUAAUUUCGUAAAAAAAAUAAAGAAAUGAAAUAAAAAAAUUCUCUUAAUUCAUAUUUCAAUAUUUUAGAUUCCACUUCACUUGACUUCACAUGAUAAAAGUAAAACAAAUCUGUUCAAGAUGUAUUGACAGUUUGUUCAUAAUGUCACGUAGGUAUCGGCAAGACUGCUUUCACGAAGAAAGUAACUUUUGACUGGUCCCAGCAGAGAUAUUCAGAAACAUUAGGAGAAUUUGAUCUUGUCCUUCUGGUGAGGUUACGUGACGUUAGUAAUCUUCAAGAUGUUCCGUCCAUUCUGGGUGCUUCUGAAGUGCUGGAUAGUAAAGGUGCAAUUUCCGUACACAACCUGUAUGAUUACGUUUGUCACCAUCAAGAAAAAGUUUUGCUUAUCUUCGACGGCUACGAUGAGUAUGUUUAUAGUUCAAAAAACGAGUCGCCUGUCUUCAAAAUCUGGAAAAAAAGCCAGUUAAGAGAUUGUUGUGUUGUAAUUACUUCAAGGGAAAUGAAAGCUGAGACGUUGAGAAAUUUUAGUGAUGCUCAAUUCAAAAUUGACGGCUUUAAUUAUCAGCGCCAAGUAGAGUUCUCUCGUGGAUUUUUGAAAGAUGAUAAAGAUGUUGGAGAGUUUUUUGAAUACUUGGAGGAGCACGACCUAAGCGAACUAGCACAAAUUCCGCUUUUGCUGUUAAUGUUGUGCUUACUCUGGACAAAAACAAAACGCGAAGAACUACCUAAGGAACGCGCACACAUCUUUGCCCAGUUUGUCAAGACUUUGUUCGAUCACUUGCGUGAAAAACAGUCUGCUGAAUCAGUGGUUGUUAAAGAUUACUCAGAUGAAUUAUACGCAUUAGGACGCAUGGCCUUUGAAGCCCUUUUGCAAGGCCAGCUUCAUUUCCCUGUUAGUCAGUUACCUGCUGGCUAUAGUUUGAUCGAGAGGCUGAUUGAAGUCGGCCUUUGUCAGGUUUUAAAUAUGGCGAGUUUGAAUCCUGAAAAAGGCGUGUACUUUAUUCACAAAUCCGUUCAAGAAUACCUGGCUGGGAAUUUCCUGAGAGAAGAGCUGACAUAUAAAAAGACUGAAAGUACAAAUUCCCUCUUGAAGUUGGACUCACUUGAAAAGAUGCAAGAGAUGUUCGAGGUUUUACAAUUUGCUGUUCAGUUGUCAGAAGAAGCCGCGCGCGACAUUCUGAUUCACCUUGGAAUGAAGAGCGGACUGAAAGAGUUCAAAUUCGACAACGAAACACCGUCACAGGAGGACUUGUCAUACGAACAAACAGAUUUUAUUAAUCUUUGUAAUCAGUUAUUUUUCUACUGCUCAGCUGAGACAAGAAAAAACCUCUUUACUACAUUUCUUUCCUCUUUAGGAGAAGUUCUUGUAAUUAAUCCAAAGCAGCUAAAUGUUAUCGCACAGGAAAAAUUAGUUCAAACUACCGAAAAAACACCCAACUACGUUUUUUUUACGACAUACAAUACAAAGGAGCAGGACUAUAGUAAUUUAAUCAUUUUAACACAACAAUUAAACGCAGUUAUUGUUAGCUCUGCAGGAGAAAAGAAAGCAUCAGAAAUUUUAAGCAACUCAACAUGGCGUAGGAUUGAUGAAUUUUUUUUAAAGAAAGAAGAAAACAACACUCACCUUUAUUUAGCUAAAAUUGAGAAACCUUUUGAUAUAGAUAUAAUUAAGGCGCUUAUUAGUAAACAAGAGACAACAAAGAAGAUAAACGUGAAUGGUGAUGAGUCAAGUGAAGAGAGCAGCAGCAGCUGUUGUUCAAAGCAUCAUGGUCUCUCCAGGGUUUGGUGGAUUCAUGCUUGGCUUGUGAACAGGUCACAAGUGGAACUGAUGAGUGAGAUGAUGCAGUUUAUCACCGCUCCACACGAGAUAUGGGUUUGGGGUAAACCCGGUGAAGUGUACGAUGCUGAGGUAACAGAGUCUCUGAUGAGGAACAUCCAAGUAACACACAAACUGAAGACAUUAUUACUCUGGAAUAUCAAUGUAACAGCAUCACCUGCUGUGGAGUUCAUCAACAAUUUAUUUAAAAAAGCACCAAACUUGGAGUUGCUCAACAUGUCAGGCAAUCCUCUUCUGGGUGCAGGAGUAGACAGCUUGAUUAAACAUCUCAGCUGCGCUCCUCACCUGGAGAGACUGUGGCUUCAAGAUGUGAAGAUGACUCCGCAGCAGGUGAUGAAUCUCACAUCAGCCAUCAAGCAGCACGGCAACAUCACUAGACUGGGGUCAUCCUACCACGUAAGUUUUCCAAUUUUAUCGCAAUUUGUUUCUUUAUUCUUUGUUUACAGUUUAUUUCUACUCAGCUCUUGCCUUUCGUCAUUUUCAUUUCUGUGUCAUUUUUAUACUCGACAAAACACGAGAUUUACUUUUGAAAACAAAUCACAAACUUUAGCAGAUUCAAAGUAUCGUUUCAAAUUCAUUCCUUUCAAUUGA